AAGAAGAAGAAGAAGAAGAAGAAGCAGAAGAAGAAGAAGGAGAAGAAGAAGGAGAAGAAGAAGAAGAGAAGCAGACAGCCACCACAUAUCCCAGGUGUGUCCAUCAUCAGGGCCUGAAACUGAGUGUGAAGAGGCUGACAGGAGAGGAGAAGUACGGUCAGCUCAGAGAGAUCAUAGGAGAGCAGUAUGUUAGGGAGGUUACCUGCGCCCCUAAAGGAGACCGAGUGGUCCUCCACCUCUACCACCCUAGUGUACCUAUGUGUUUCCUGUUGAAUCACCACUUGAGUCACCUGGCCACUAAAUUCCCUGAGUGCAAGUUCCUGAUGAUCGUAGCCAGGCAUUGUGUCCCCAACUAUCCUGUCAGCCACCUCCCCACCCUGUUCAUAUACGACUCAGGAUGCAUCCUCAACUCGAUGAUAGGAGAGGAGGCCUGUGGAGGGAGGAACGUAUUGGAAGAUGAGCUGAAAUGGAUGUUGGCCCAGUCGGGAGCGUUUGUGAUUGACAGCUACGAGGCCCUAUACCAGGAGGGAACGCCCAUCAUGACGCCGUGUUCGGAACAGGAACAGGAAUACUACAGUGAUGACCAGUCUGAUCACUAUGACAACCAAGGGACCGAGGUGUAGUCAGGUUACAGUGAUCACUAUGACAACGAAGAGACAGCAGUGUAGACUGUGAUCUCUAUGACAUCAAGAGACAGUGGUUUAAACUCUGAUAUAAUAGUCCAUUCAUAAAUGUUGGCUACUGUUUACCUGUUACAUGAUAUGAUCCAGAUCAGAUUUAAUACAGUUGUAGGUAGCUACUCAUAUUGACUUGUUACAUGAUAUGAUCCAGAUCAGAUUUAAUACAGUUGUAGGUAGCUAGUCAUAUUGCGCUGGCUUAUUAUUUUUAUAAUAUGCUGUAAUAAAGUAUGUUAUAUCUUA